AUGGAACAUUUGGUUGAAAUUUACAAAUCGCUAUCGAGUCAGCUCGUUACGUAUGCUCUUGGUCGUUCUCAAUCAAAGAUGACGAUAUCUACGGCUAUCGCAUUGGUCACCUUUUAUAUGAUAUACCGGUCUACACAACCUCCUGCUCGCCUUAGACAUAUCCCACAUGUCAACUUUUUCACUUACAUCGGUGCCUUCAUAAGCGGCAAGUCUUUAAGUUAUGUUGCAAAAAACGUCAUUUUGCCGGUAGCGAUGAAAUCUGAGAAUGGGGUUUACAUACGCUUUGAUCAAAAUGGUUGGUCCAUGCACAUUACAAGACCCGAGGCAGCUAAAACGUUUUUGCUCAAGACAGGCAUCUUCCCCAAAGUUGACAUUGGUGACGAAAGAGGAGACACUCUUAUCGGGAAGUUUGCUUUGCGAAGGAAUAUCUUGACGAUGAAUGGUGCUGGAUGGAAGGCACACCGCAAAGUAGCCAAUCCUGCAUUUCAUCGAUCCAUGCCAAUUGAGCUAUUUGGGACGCUAUGUCAAAAGUCUUUGACAGCGAUGAUGGCUGAAAUGGAUGGUGACGGCGUCAUCGAUUUCUACAAUUUGGCUGAAAGAUUUACGUUGGAUGUAAUUGGGCUAGCUGGCUUUGGAUUCGAUUUUCAUGCUAUUGAUGAUCCUCAAUCGGAAUGGGUUACACGCUACAACCGUAUUGCAACUGAAACUUUAAAUCCUUGGUUUGAAAUCUUUUACAACCUCGAUCAAAAGUACCGAUUCCUCUUCCCUAAACGUGUGGAAAUCCAUCAUGAAAUGGACAUCAUGCUUAACAUGAUCGAAAAGAUCAUUGUGCACAAGCGCCAAGCUCUCGAUAAUCAUGAGACCAAAAUUGUAGAAUCUGAACGUGACCUUCUUACAUUGAUGAUGGAAGCAGAGAAAAGUGGCGAAGGCACCAUUACCAACGAUGAGCUUCGAAACAACCUAUGUCUCUUUUUCUUUGCUGGUCACGAUACCACCGCUAAUGCUAUAUCCUUUCAAACAUAUUAUCUAGCUGCCAACCCGGAUAUCCAAAGCAAAGCCAGAGAAGAGGUUCUUCGAGUUAUGGGUGAUGCUCCUCAUGAUGUUUUCCCUACGCUAGAACAAACGCGUGAAUUACCAUACAUUAAUAUGAUUAUCAAAGAGGCAUUACGUAUGAGCCCUCCAAUUGCCAAUGUAAUAACGCGCGUGACCCACGAAGACACCGAAAUAGCAGGAACGUUUGUACCAAAGGGAACAAGAGGAACCAUCGACAUCUAUAACCUACAUCACAACCCCACUGUGUGGAAGGAUCCUGAGACGUUUAGACCCGAAAGAUUUGAACCAGGUGGUGAAGCAGAAAAACAUGCAGGGUUGGGCAUGUCAUGGCUUCCCUUUUCCAACGGACAAAGACAGUGCAUAGGCAUGAAUUUCGCAUUGGUAGAGCAACGAGUGUUCCUGCCCAUGUUGUUGAGGAAAUAUGAAUGGCGUCUACCUAAGGAUUCGAUCCAUAAAGAUGGGAUCCGUCGUGCUGGUUUGUCCGGGUUGAACAGGCCCAAAGAUCUUUUGAUCUCUUUCAAGAAGCGCUAUUGA